AUGAUGCACUGCCCUUCGUCUCUUGCCCUGACAGGGCUGUUGGCUUUAUUUACCUCGAUACCCGGAGUCUACGGUAGUGAGCUUCAGCAGCCGCUUCAAAACGAAAACCCGAAGCAUGCCGAACAACCCAUUACUGUCGACGUUAGCCCCUACCGAUGGGAGGACAGAGAUGCAGAGUUGACUCUCUACCACGAUCCGAAAUAUCCCUGCUCGCCGAAACGAAACGGCUUAAAGGCCAGGCUUAACAUCCCCGUUGGCACCUGUGCCUCAGCCAACUUCACGAUGGACGACAACGUAUAUCUCGGCUCUCCAGGCUUUUGUGGGGGGACGAGGAAAGUGGCCUACAUUGGCAUUUAUGAAAGCGCUGACUGUACCGGGGAGGCAAAGCAUCCAGACUGGUACGACCGUGGACGUUAUUCAAUGACCGGUCACUGUCUCUCCAAGCACUACUGGGGUUCCAAGACCAAAGCAGACCAGUGGUCUAUCAUGUUCCACUGCACCGAGGACAAACAAGUCACAGAGACGACCAAGCAAAUCAACAUCAGCCUCCCACAACCUGCUCCUGUUGUGGAGAAGCCAAAGCGCCCCAGGCCUACCUUCGCCUCUGUUUCCGACUCAGCCUGCUACAUUAAGGAACUCGGGUUCAAAGGCGCUCCGAGGUUCAUCUUUCAGAAACCUGCGGCUGACAAGUGUAUCAAUGUAGCGCCAUUGCAUAUGCUCAAGAUCUAUCGGACUGCUCUUUGCCCCGACGGAAGCGAUGCCUUGUUUGCGAAAUGGAAGGGCAAAGGAUGCAAAGGCUCGCCCGAGUCGAAGCAAGUCGUGGACGAAUCCUUGAUCGCUACAAACUUCCCGGACACGUGCAUCGAGAUGGGAGGGAAGGAUGCAAGUAGCUAUGCGUUUUGGUGCUCUGGAGAUUUGACUCAGGGAAAGGCCGCGCAAAGUCUCUUCGAGAAUGAUGAUCCAAAUGCUGCCCGCGUCCACUACUCAAAUAUGCCCAGUCAACGUCAAACUCGAGUAAAGAAGAGCGAUGCUGAUGGACUAAGGGCCAACAAUAUCUUUCUGUGUGGAUUUAUUGUCUCUUUGGUUGGAUUCAAUCUUUUUUAG